GGCUAAGAAUGUACGAAUACUUCAGUGGCGCAGCUGGACGGCCGAGUAUAGUAAGUCGGUGUUGGUUCGAGCAGAUAACAGUGAACUUUAGGCAGGUAAACACACCACUGCCUAAUGGAUCCCGAGUCUAAAUGCCUACUGAGAAGAUACGCUUUCACUUAAACCCGGGACAUCUCCUUUGGCCCAUUGGAUAAGAUGGUCGCCCAACCCACAGGCAGUGGACCCAAAUUUGCCUCUUAGAAUCCCAUGGGAAACUCUAAAAGAUUGAAGUUAUGGGUGCCUGUCUGGUUCUUCCUCCCACAUCCACAAAGAAAUCCAGGUAUCCCAAGCAAGUAAACACAUGAAGAGUCCUGGAUGACUUUACCAAGUCCAGCAACUAACUGCCUGUCACCACAGCGGUGUAUCUGUGAGAGUCAGAUGCUCUAUCCCAUUCAAUGCACUUCUGAGGCUACGACACACUUCUCCCUAAGUGUUCUCAAACGGGAUCACUAUGAUAUAACCUGGUGUCCCAGACUAUCCCACUCUGUACCUGUAGUACCCCUUUUUGGAUGGCUACUCGAGAAAGCUUCACACUAGGCUAGAGCAAAACAGCAGCAAUAUGAAUGGUGAUUGGAACAAAUCGUUAUGGAUAUGCAAAGAAAUACAUGACAUUUUAUGUCUUAGUAAUGCAGUAUUAUAUACCGUAAGUUACCUGGUCACCAUGGUAUAGAUUACAGUUCACUCUUAACCACUUGCUUGGACUGUGCUGGAGGCACAGAUGGGUUGGUUAAAUACUGAAAAUGUCCCAGAUCUUGUUCUCCUUUCUUUUGUGCCACCCAAACCGAAAAAGUUCCAGAAGAUGAGAGAAGACCACCUCUUCCAGUUCACCCUAAGGAAAGAUAAAAGGGGACAGGGGGAACUCAAGGGUCUAUUGCUUAUAAAUGGAUUUCAGCUUCACCAAUAAAACAGAUUACCUGGCUGAAUAAUAUUCAAGCGGGCCCCACCAAAUAGUUGUUUUUUCAAUCAACAGCAGUGCCAGCUCUGUGAAGAAACUGUUGAGAGGGCUUUGGCUGAGAUUUCAAGUCUGUUCAAAAAAGAACUUCAGGAUUACUGACUUUUUGUCUUAACUGGAGCAGCACUGGCGGGGCAACUGUUUAGUGCUGCUGCCUCACAAAUCCAGUAUCUGAAGCCUGCUUCCCCUGUGUCUCCAUUUCAUUUUUCUCCACAUAUUUCAGUUUUGUUUCACAUCUCAAAAACGUGUAUUUUUAUUGGCAAUUUCACAUUUUCAGUGCGUGUGCAUAUAUAUGAGUGUGUUUGUAGAUUUGCACCCCAUCCUGUACCGCCUCGCCUUGUGCCCCAUUACUGCCAGGAAAGGCCUCGGGCCUUACUGAAAAUUAUAAAAUGCUUCCUCUUCGCUUGUGCACUGUUCUAUCAAGACUUAAAUACAGUAUGCGCAAAUACCUUAGCAAUUUUGAGUCAUGCCACCCAUCCAUUUUCAAUGCUCCUAUUUGUUCCGGAACAAAGCAGCGAGGACAAAAGAGAACCCCGGUUUGCAGGGUGCCGAAACAGCGGAGAAAAGAAGAGUCCUGCGAUGCCCGGAUCCCCUGGGGAAGUCAAAGUCCACGCUCGAUCCACGCCCGGCGCUAUGCCUCCUCUUCCACCGUCCAAUCCCAGCAGACCUCGGCCAGCCUCGUUCUCCUCUGCAGCCUAAUUCUUCCAUUACAAUAGAGGAGUUUCAUUCCAGACUUCAAGAAGCCACCAACUUUCCUUUGCGGCCGUUUGUCAUCCCGUUCUUAAAGGCUAACCUUCCCCUCCUGCAGAGGGAGCUCCUCCACUGUGCCCGAGCUGCAAAGCAGACCCCCGCGCAGUAUUUGACCCAGCAUGAGCAUCUCCUCCUUAGCACCACCAUGAGCUCCCCUCACGACUCCUCUGAGCUGCUGCUUCUGACAGGCGAGAAUGGGAAGAGAAGCAGCCCUGACAGAACUAAAGAGAACGGACUUGUGGAACGUGUGCCUGGACCGAUGGAGCCCCCCACGAAAAGAAUCUGCACCAUCAGCCCUGCCCCUCGCCACAGCCCGGCUCUCCCAUCACCCCUGAUGUUAAGUGGGCAGGUGCACCCGACGCCACCUCCUCUGCAGCACUAUGCCCUGGAGGACAUCGCAGCUCCACAUCUGUACCGUGAACCACAGCGCCUGCUGGAGCUCCGAGACCUUCGGGAUCGCUCACGGCACCAUGGCUCUAACGGAAGCUACCGCGACGAGCCGGUGGACCACAAGCUGACGGACAGAGAGUGGGCAGACGAGUGGAGACACUUAGACCAGGUGUUGAAUUGCAUUGUGGACAUGGUGGAGAAAACCCGGCGCUCCAUCGACGUGCUGCGGCGCUGUCAGGAGGCGGACCGCGAGGAGAUAAAUUACUGGAGGAGACGGUCCGCUGAGCACGAAGAGGGACGCAAGAGUGGCCCCCCACACUCCAAGCAGCUGAGCCCCCUCAUAGCCGACAUUCUUUGCAGCGAUUCACAGCGGGAUCUCACAGUCGUGUCGGGCCCCGGAUACGUUUCUGAUGAAAUCUGGAAGAAGGCAGAAGAGGCGGUGAAUGAGGUCAAGCGGCAGGCGAUGGACGAAGUGCAGAAGGCCGUGGCCGAGGCCGAGCAGAAGGCCUUUGAAAUGAUCUCGGUGGAGAGAGCAAAAAUGGAGAAAACGCUUGCCGAUGCCAAGCGCCAAGCCACGGAGGACGCCAUCCAAGUCAUCAACGAGCAAGAAGAUUCCACUGAGAGCUGCUGGAACUGUGGCCGCAAGGCCAGCGAGACGUGCAGUGGCUGCAACGCCGCCCGCUACUGUGGCUCUUUUUGCCAACAUAAAGACUGGGAACGGCACCACCUGAUCUGCAGCCCCGGGCUCCAGGCACAGCCAAAGCCACCACCCGCGGCGACGGCCAGAGCCACAGGCAGGUUCCCCGACAGAGGCGCCAUCGCUAGCCCCUCGCUGGAAAAAGCAGCCGCCUCGCGGUCCUCGACACCUUCUUCCAUGUCAGCCGGCGAGGUGAACGGACAUUAAGGCCGGUAGAGACGCCCUGCCCUGCUCCCGUCCUCUCGAGUCUCUCCCUCUUCUCUUAUCUUUUUGUCUUUCAAUUCAUUCCUGAGUGUGCAGCUCUGUGGGUGGACUGGUGGCUGCUUUAACAGCCUGAGCUGAUCACCUUCUUUUGUUUUGGGUUGUUUUGGUUUUUUUUGGCUUGUUUUUGUUGCUUCUUUGUAAUUGUUGCAAUCUCAGGAGGGUCAUGUAAAUGCUAAAUUAAAAACGGAGCAUUUCUCUGUC